GAUCCUGCAACAAAGGAGAGGACCAGUACAAGCAGACGGAUCUCACCCGGGAGACUUUUGGUUUCUUCUCUUACAUCUCACUGCUGGUUCGAUCUGAAGACACCACACACACCCCUUGUGUAUCUAUCUCAACUUGUCGAGACCCGAGCAAAGAGAGAGGGAUUGUCGGAUCAGAUGGGUUUCGGCAUGACGCUCUCCAUGCCACCGGCAUUCUCAACGACCUCAUCAACAUCCGUAGCGGGAGGCCAAGGUCACUCGCAAUCACGGGGGAUGGGUUCGACCUCGUCAUCAGCGUCGAUACCAACGGCGACGACGACAUCUCGUCCGACUUUGAAAGCCUACCACGCGUCGUUGUCCACGCACUUGUCGUCCAUCCUCUCGGAAGAGAUCUCGGGGUCGACGAGCUCGGCUUUGGGGGUCGUCAACCCUACCAACAACCAGACCCGGAGCCACAAUACCAGAACUGCUGCCUCCGAUAUUCCCGCCCCCUCCGGCAAAUCCGUCACCCAACCCCAAGCUCAACCUCAAGGCAAGAUGUACACCGACCUCAAAGCCCUCGCAGAAAGGGAUAAAGAACACUUGACAGCUUGGUACCUCGAGGGGUAUAAACGGUACAUCGGGGGUGUGAACCCGGGUUUUGUCUUGCUCCGUCAAGAGGCAGAAGAUGAAUCCGCGCUUGGAAAUUUGUCGGACGCAGAAGAAGGCCCACAGGGACAAGGACCAGGACUGGGGUUGGAGCAGAUAGGGGCCGCGAGGGGUAGGAAGAGAAGGUAUACGGAAGAACCUGGGUUGUUGGAACGACGGAGAAAGGUGUUGAGGGCGUCUUUGGAGCAGGGUGGAGUGGUCGCUGGCGGGGCCGGAUCAGGGGGUCCUGGGCUGAAAGCCUCGGACGGGCAGGUCAAGGGGGCCAAAAGACCUGUCACGGCGGACGAUCGCGACUACCAACAGCACCAGCAACAUCAGCAACAGCAACAGCCCUUCCAACUGCAACUACCUAGGUCGAGGAAAAACUCGGCGCAAGGUCUGCAGGUCGUUUCGGAAGACGAGGCCGAGAGUCUUGGACAUGGUCAUGGUCAUGGACAUCGUCGACAAUCCAGAGUCGAUUCGCACGACCAUGGUCAUGGACAUGGCGAACACGGCCAACUAGAGACGGGUCAUUAUGUCAGCCCGUUGGUCACUCCCGGCUUGGCCUUUGUGCCGACACCUUUCGAGGAGAUGAACCGCGGCGACCUUCAACUUGUGAACAAGGGUGGGAUAAACUUUGGUCAAGCUGUCGGGACAAAGAGUAUGGGCGCGAUGGCAGGAGGAUCAUCAUCAAACGGCUCUUCGUCAUCGUCCGGUGGGUCGAGCGGGUUCACCUUGAGUCAACCCCCUGCGAAUCGGAAUGCCAUCGAGGAGAGCAGGAGACGUAAACGGGCGAUGACGGGAUCGAGCUCGGCAGGACUUUCCGCCUCUUCGUCGGCGGUGAGGGCUAGACAGUGGUCGUCGCCGACGUUGACGAUGACCAACAUGACGGCGAGGAUAGCGACGAGGCCGGUCCUGCAAGCGACGCCUUCGAGCAACUCGCUGGCGUUCGUCUCGGCUUCACACCUCCCUAUCGCCUUGCCCAGUCAUUCCUCACCGGUAUACAUGCCCGAGCAGCAUCACCACCAGCAGCAGCAUCAUCAUCAUCAUGUGCACUAUGCCGAACAACACGCUCAACAACAACACGGACGAUCGAGGCACCACGCUUCGGCCGAUGCGGCGUUGGGGACUACGAGCAGCGCCGGACUGACCAGCUUGACGGGCGCCAGCCUUGGCUGUCGUACACAUGAAGGGUUGACGGGGGGCUCGUCCGGAUUGAUGGCGGGUAACAGCCUGGCCAUGACCGAGCUGGGUACUCCGGCGUCGUCACAAAGGGACCUGCACAUCCAGGGCGAUUUCAAGGACCCCCGGGAUUUUGGAUUGGACCCCCUGACGCCCGGUUUCUUGCCGAGUUUCGGACUGGGAGGGGAAAUGUUGAUGAACAUGCCUCUAGACCCGCGGGACGUCGUCGAGAUGUCCUCUCCCGCCGGUCCACCCGAUUAUACCACACAGGCCCUCGCCCAGCGUCCUCAAGGAGAGCCUGGGUCUGGGCUCGGGCUUGUCGACGAGAUGAUGAGCAAAACUCGACCAACCUUGUUGCAACGUGCGACGUCUUCCUUUAUGAACCCAGACAAGUGGACGUUACCUACCCCGACUUCGGAGGGAAACACUCCAGUCGACGUCGCGUGGGAAAAGUGGUUGCGCACCGACGACGAUUCACCCGCGCCGACCGGGAAUCAAUGAUAUGUCAUUGUCAGAUUGGGCCAUC